AAAAUUUUCGGCGAAUUAGACACCGACAAAAACAACAAAAUAUCGAAAAAUGAAUUUUCGAAAGCGAUGUCACGAGUUCCCAGAGUCGACUUCAAAGUGCUGGUUCUCAGACGCGCGUUUAAAAAGAUGGAUGCAGAUGGUAGCGGCUUUCUGACGAGGGACGAAAUCUUGAGAGCGGCGAGUGAAGACGCAGGAUUAAAUGUGACUGCAGAGAAAAUCUCAGACAUGUUGAUAGCAGUCACCAACGACGCCGAUAAAAAGAUUUCGUACGAUGAGUUUCUGGACAUCUGGGGGAUGAAGCAGACAUCAUCAGUCAUGCGCAUGACUUUCCAAAAGUUGGAUAAAGAUAACAGCGGAAGUCUCACGAAGGACGAGAUGUUAGCGGGAAUUAAGUCUGAUGAGGAGCUCAGUAUCCAGGCGGAGACCAUUUCGGCACUCCUCGUGAAAUGGUGUAAGGGUUCUUCUAUUAGUUAUGAGGAGUUUUGUCGAUUCUAUGAAAAUGCGGUGAAAAAAUGAAACAGAAAUACCGAAAAACACAUAGCUUUUUAUUGUUUCAAGCCUAAAUGUCUAAUACCGGAAAACAUAUAGCAACUUAUUACUUAUUGUUUCAAAUAUAAUGUAUGUUGUCAUACAAACAUAAUUUGUAUACAAGUAGCAAAAAAAUACAAAUAUAAAUAUCUACAAGAAUAUCCGCCUUCAGUGUAGAAAAGCCUGCGUAUCAAACGGAGUUUAGUGUGCAAAAGUAGUAUUUGAAAUAACACGCCAGAUUCAUUAAUACGCUAAGAUUUCGGUGUAAAACUAUACAGACAGACCGAGCUGUAAAUACCGCGAGAGUUUAGGUAGCUUUUAAUGUACACUUAAUAAUAAACAACCAUGGGUAACAUAUUCAUGUGUUUAUCUGCCUAUAAUACCUGUCUACAGGAGCGAGAUUCAACGUUUAAAUAAAAACAUUUUCUUGGCGUCUGUGAAAGACGUCUUGACUACGAAUAUGCAUCUGUUCUUUUCGAUAUAUAACGUGUAAUUAUUUCAGUGGAAAGUAUUGUUAAUAAAGAAGAUUAAUCGACAAAAGGCACACCGACGUCUCUCUCAAACACACCUUUUAAAUGAGGACCUUUUCAAAUAUUUUAUAUAUAAUUCAUAUUUUUUAUCUGAAAUACAACACACUUCAUCGAUGACUGGAUCAUUUAUCGAAUACAUUUCUAACGUUCUUUAGCAUUUCCUUAUCAACUCAUUCAUAAAUAAAGUGUAAUAUUACACAUUUUUAACGUUCUUUAGCAUUUCCUUAUCAACUCAUAUAUAGAUAAAGUGUAAUAUUACACAUUUCCUCUAUGACCAAUAUGUAUCCUAUGUAAACGGUAAUACAUAGAUAGUUGUGCACAAUUAAAACUAAAUACACCAAACAAG